AUAACUCUGUGACCACUUCACCGUUAAGGAUUGAGUGUAACCUCUAUAUUAACCCGUACUUCCAGGUGCCGAUUCCACAGCUAGAUAAAUAUCGGCAGGACGCUGCGCCACUGGGGAAUCGAACCGCGCACAACUUCCGGUUCGGACGCUGAUGCUGACAUCACUAGGGUGGCUCUGUGUCUGUGUGUGUGUGGUUUGGGAGGUGGGUGGGGCAUUUUUAGUGCUCGACAGCUUUCUUGAACAAUGCAUUUUUCUCAUGACCUUAUGUAGUUCCUCUCCACCUCCUGCUCUGACCUGUGGACGAGCGUUAUCGUUGACGCAAACACGAGAAGCGGGCUACCAUUGGAGAAGUGGGCAAUCGUCGUGGUCUGUAGCAAUCGAGGUGGUGGUAAUAAAGUUCGAGGGUCGCACAACUGGCAAGGUAUGUACACGCAGCUCAAAACAUGGCUUCUGAACAAGAGUGGCAUCUAACGGAGGAAUGGAUCCAGAAAGCACUGCAGGACUGUUUAAAUUCAGAUGAUGCAAAUGAAGAAUUAAAGUUUGUUCAGGUGAAAGGGGGAGUGUGCAUAGAAGAUAUUGGAGAUGGUAAUCUGAAUGAUGUUGUGCGUGUUUCAUCAAAGUCUGAUCCAGCAAAGAGCAUAAUUCUGAAACAUGCCAUGCCAUUUAUCAAGGUCCUGGGACCUCGCUAUCCACUGGCAACUGAACGGGGUGAGAUUGAGUACCGAGCUUCUUCCAAAUUCUAUGCCAUUUGUCCAGGCAGUGUUCCAAGGCCCCUUUGUUACAGUAAAGCCCAUAAAAUCUUUUGCAUGGAAGAUCUGCAGGGGUACCAGGUGUACAAGCAAUGGCUGAUGGCUGGAAAUACUGAUUUGGAUGUAGCCAAGAAACUUGCUCGAGAUAUUGCCAUAAUUCACCAGAACACCCAUGUUGGUGUCAUUGGACAGCAAGCAAUCAAGAACAUGAAUGAGGAAUUCCAAAAUCCUCAUCUUGUGAAACUGACUGACACUUACAUCUUCACUGAUCCCUUUUCACGCACGGGUGAGAGUAACCGAUGGUCAUCACUGCUCAACUCACACAUUGAAAGUGUGUAUGGCGAUGAGGAGUUGCUGAGCAUUGUAAAAAAAUUUCAGAAGCUUUUUCAUGAAAAGAAGGAGGCUCUUAUUCAUGGAGACCUACACACAGGAUCCGCCAUGGUCAGAGAUAAAGAUAUAAGAAUGAUUGACUUGGAAUUUAUCAUGGUUGGGCCAUGUGCCAUGGAUCUUGGACUGUUGAUGGCACACUACAUCUUCUGCCACCUCUAUCACCUGAUGAACACAGAUGAAGAUGAGACAUAUCGACAUCCACUAGCUUAUAAGAUUCUUGACCUUGCCUAUGCCACAGUUGAUGAGUAUCUUGCUCACAUGACAUCAAGCAUCGGCGAAAGAGAAAACUACACCAGUCAGCUGAUGUCGGAGACUGCAGGUUUUGCUGGAUGUGAGAUUAUUCGAAGGUUGCUGGGUGCAGGAAGAACCAUAGAAAUGGACAGCUUAGAAAGUGCGCAACCUGAUGCUUUGGCAGCUGGCAUUCGUCUUUUAAAAGCUCAUUCCCGCAUCCACAGUGUUUUUCAGCUCAUGAAUGUAGCUCUUAUGUUAACUUUUUGACCCAUAGAAGUCUUACAAAAUGGAAGAACUUUUUCCAUGUCUAUGUACGUGUAUUUUAUCUGAAAUUAAAGGUCUGUCUUAUCAGUUGCAAAUGUUUGUAAUAUUUUAUUCCACUUACUUCUUGUUGUUUUCUUGUUAUCGGUUUAUCAAAGUUUUUUAAGAUGUAUUUUUUAAUCAACACAUUUUUACAAAUAAAUUGUCUUUCUGUCUAAUGAGAUGGUUAAUUCUACAAUGAAAUUAUGUAGAACAAACCAGAUGUCCUAAGGGAGGCAAUAGAAAACCUCCUCUCCUCCCUCAACAACUUGUGCAGGUCAAGGAACUGAAAAGAAAUUAUUGUAAUGUAAAGCUGUAAAAUCAUAGGAGGCUGUUCCAUUCACUGAAAGAGAAGGCAUUGCUGCAUAUGAUGGCAGAGAAUAAGGUCUGCACAAACUUGCUACAAACAUUAUGUACAUCCAGAUUUAACAUUUUAUUCCUAAAAUAACAAGCUACGACAAGACAAUUAUGCCAGUAAACUGAUGUUCAUAGCUGA